AUGCUUUCUCCAACAGGAAAAAGAAGAGGAUCUUUCAUUGGAAACCAAACAGACGCCAAACAAGAAGAAAAGUUUGAUUAUACAGAUAGUGAAUUUGAUUUAACGGUCGAUAAGCAAUCUUCUCAAUCUCCGCUCAAAUUUCAUGAUUUUAUGGACAGACUAGUCGGAAAGAACAAGUUACUUGCUCAAGCGGAACAGUACGAUAAAGCGAGAGGUGUAAUCAUCCCAAAAAAUGAUAGCUCGUUUGAGAAUGAGAACAAUGUGCAGGAUUCAAAGAGCGAAGGAAGAGUGCAGGUUGAUUCACCAAUAUUGAAGGAACAAGAUCUGAAUAAAGCAUCAGAAUCUAACCUGAGUGAGCGGAGGAUAACAUCGGUCGAAUAUCCCAAAUUGAAUAAGCAAAUGCAAUUUCAUGAUUCUGCAGCACAAGUGUCUGCGAUGCCGUAUAUGCCAAAUCCUAAAGGCACAACCAUUGAAGAACACCUGCUGGUUCAAUCAACUCCACUAUCAAAAAUUAAACAGCAUAACGUUAAUGGAAAAAACUCUUCUACGUCUCAACCUAAGGAUCUGCUGAAAGAAAAAUUCCAAGAUUCUCGAAAGCAGUCGUUAAAUGAUCAUGAUCCACCAACAACAACAGAACUCAAAACCACAGAACUUAGAGAUGAGCUAACAAAAUUCAAAGAGGAACUAGAUGGUAUAAAUAGAGUAAGAAAUGAACAAGAACAGGAGUUACGUGUUUUAAAAGACUCUUCAAACAAAAAGGAUAAAGAACUCGCUCAAUUAAAGAGAGAAUAUAAUGAUCUGAUCAAUUCCGUCGAUGAAGCAAAGAUUCGAGCACAAAAAACUGAGAAAGAGUUUCAAACUAAGAUACAGAAUUUAACUGAUGAAUUACUGAAGAAGGAAAAGUCCCAUACAGUUACAGUUAAAAAGUUGAAGGCUGAAUUGAAGUCCACAAAAGAAUUACAAGCUGGUCUUGUAGAAAAAGCAUCCAUGCAGAAGCUCCAAGAAGACAUGGAAGAAAGGCUAAAUAGUUUAUCAGAUGUUGUGAAGUCUAGAGAUAGCACAAUAAAUGAUCUCACGGCUAAAUUGAAAAGCGCUGAUGCUGAGCAGGAACAAUUGUCUUUACAACUUUUGGAAUCGAAAACUCUAGUGGAACAACUAAACAGUAAGCUAGAAUCAAAACUAACAGUUGAAGCGGAGGUUUCGGAUUUGAAAUCCAAAUUAGCCACAGCAAAUAAUGAGAACUCUGUUUUACUCCAAUAUAUCGCAAACUUCACUCUAUUCAAGGUCAAGGUUGGUGAGUUUCUAAUAUCCCAGAUUGGUAGAAAAAAAUCACAAGAAACUUGCGAAAAGUGGCUCAAGUCUCAACAUAUAAUUGGAUACAAGACUGAGAACGAGGAAGAAUCAUUUACGUCAUUGAAAAACUUGGUGGAGAGAGAUUUAAAACCAACUUUGGAAGAAAAGUCAAGCCGUAUAUCAUAUUUGGAAAAAGAAGUAGGGGAUAAGAAUUCAAAAAUUACUGAACUCUUGGACAAAGUAACUGAUGUUCAACAGUCAAGAGAGGAACUUAUAUCCUUACGUGAUCAAUUGACUUCGGAAGUAACUUCUUUGAAAUCUCAAAUUUGCUCCUCCGAAAUAACUGCAAAGGAAAAUGCUUUCAAAGAUCUAACUGAACAAAACCUAAAAUUAUUGGAAAAGAUGAAUGUUGUCAAUGAUGAAGUAGCAACAAUUCUAAUGAAAUUGAAGACUGAAUCAGCUUCGCUUCAGAAAGAAAAGGAACUCUCGGCCAAUAUGAAAUCCACCAUUUCACAUUUGGAGAGUUCUCUAUCAAAAAUACGAAAAUCAUAUGAAAAGGUAAAAGGAAACGCGGCUGACAAAAUUACACCAGAUACACUAAUGAAAAUACAUACACACAUGAAUAAGGAAUCUUAUGAAAACUUAGAAUUGGAUACGAUUGAUAACCUAAAUCUUGUCGAGUGUCAAAAUACAAUCAAAAAUAUUGUUGCAAUCCUUGAUAUAUCCUACUCCAAGUUGUCCUCUAAACUUCCGUUAGUAAACAUUAUGUUGCGUUAUGAAAAAACUAUGUUAUUCCAUUUUGCGAACAAAGUGCAUAACUUGCUAUUCCACCAGGAAAUCGAUUUCAAGACGUUUACUAAAAAGGCUCUUGAGAACUAUUGGACCCAUAGGAAUGCAAAAGAAAUACAGCAUCCGUUAGAACAGUGUUUAAAAGAUUUAUACAAGUCAGUUAGCGAAAAGUUACUUGUGUAG